AACAAACCAAUGUACUGUAUCUAUCUAAAGUGUCUUCUGAGUUCUCACUAACUUUCUGUCAGUUUAUAUAAAUAAUAAUCUAAUAAUUAGCGAUAAAGAUGAGUUACUUAGGAGUUGGAGUCAGUCCCGGGAACGUCGCCGGAGCCCCAACGAAGUUGAACGAAGGCAAAGUGAGACUCACGGAGCUGAUUCUGAGGUGUUUUGUGUGUGCCCUCGCUCUCAUCUCCGCAAUUCUCGUUGCUACAGACACACAAGUCAAAGAGGUUUUCACCAUCCAGAAGAAGGCCAAGUACACCGACAUGAAGGCUCUUGUGUUAUUGGUGGUCGUCAAUGGCAUAGCUGCGGCUUAUUCCUUGGUGCAUGGGGUUCGUUGCGUGGUGGGUAUGAUGAAAGGAAGCGUUUUGUUCAGUAAGCCCCUGGCUUGGGUCAUUUUCUCCGGUGAUCAGGCGGUAGCGUACUUGACUGUGGCUAGCGUUGGAGCAGCGGCGCAGUCUGCAGCCUUUGCGAAGCUGGGUAAGCCAGAGCUUCAAUGGAUGAAGAUAUGCACAAUGUAUGGGAAGUUCUGUAACCAAGUGGGUGAAGGGAUUGCGACCGCUUUGCUUGCUAGUAUUGGUAUGGUUAUGAUCUCUUGCAUCUCAGCUUUUGGUCUCUUUCGUUUGUAUGGGGGAAACAAAGCCAGGCAAAGCUCACUGUGGUGAAGGCCAUGGUUCAUAUAUACUGGUCUUGGACUAGUCUUGUUUGUGUUAAAUAAUUGUGGUCUGCUCUCACUCUCUCUGUCUUUCAACGUGUAUACCGUCUGUUACUACUUUCACGGUCUCAUUUGCACAAUAAUAAUAUAACAAUCCAGAUUGUAGUU